AUGGCUCUCGGCGGCAGCUUGCAAGACCAUCACUCCUUCAAUUCUGAAGCGUCAACUAUUGCGAUUACGAAAACAAAUUUGACAAAAUACAUCCAAACGGGCUGCCCGUCGACAACGCUUCCAAACAGCGACAAAAAUUCUCCGCCAGGCCAUAAGGUGCUCCCGAGUCAGACGGCAAAGCGCGAGAGCGAGCGCGCCACAACGAGACCAUCAGGCUGUCUCUCACCGCGUUGGGGGUCGUGCACGUAUAGAUUAAUAGACUCAACACCCAUGACGCAGCUGCAGAAGUCCAAGAAGACCGUGGCGGACAUCGCGCAGACCACUUUCAAGCAUGUGCCGGUUCUGGACGCCAACGCCCCGGGCCUCACGUGUCUAGGCGACCAGGUCACCACGACGUUUGUGGCGGAGACAGCGCUACCCACAGAUGGCGGCAUGUUCCGCGUACGCGCGUACCGCUCUGUGGGCUCCUUACGUGAGAGCGAGCCUAUCGCCAUGAUUACCGGAGACGUGCGCGGCAAACGCAACGUGCCAGUCCGCGUGCACGACCAGUGCUUCACGUCGGAAGUGUUCGGAUCCCUCAAGUGCGACUGCAGGGACCAGCUGGACUACGCCAAGGCGUACACCAAGCAGCACGGUGGCGUGGUUAUCUACAUGCCACAGGAAGGGCGUGGGAUCGGUCUGGCCAAUAAGAUCAUGGCCUACUCCAUGCAGGAACGCGGUCUAGAUACGGUAGACGCCAACCGCGUGUUGGGCUUCAAGGACGACUAUCGUUCGUACGAGCCUGUGCCGGCCAUCCUCAAGGACCUGGGCGUCCAGUCUAUUCGACUACUGACCAACAACCCGCGCAAGAUCCGAUUACUGAGUCAACUUGGCAUCACUGUCGAGGGCCGACUGCCUGUGGUGAUCAAAGGCGGCGAGUUCAGCCAAGGAUACUUGACAGCAAAGGCGAAGCGGAUGUCGCACUUGCUGCCUGGAGCCUCUGGUGACGAAGACACGUCCACGGACGAGAGUCAGGAUGAAGACGAACAACAGACCAAUCCUCAGGAAGCUGUAGCAGCCGCAUCACCCACGGCGUCGUCGUCCUCGUCCUCUGGAGAAUAUUAAUGGAGUCCGCCGUAAAAUUAAGCGGGAGAGCGACGAUCACCGCCAUAUGAGCCUUCUCACUGGGGACGCUUGGCCACGAGGACUUCGAAGACCUUCGCGUGCCUGCCCCCUCUCGACCAAUUCGUCUCAGUCUUCCUCGUCGCAGUGUCCAGCUUCAACGUUGAGCAAACAAGUGCUUGAAGCUGG